AGGCGGGCGUCGCAGAGAUCGGCGUGAUGGGUGGCUCCCACUCUCCGGACGAGCACAAGCUCGCCCGAACCGCGGAGGACCUCGGCUUCGCGACGAAGGUGUACGGCUUCUUCCCCGACCCCCUGCGGGGCGAGCUGGGCGGCCGGCUGCCGAGGGCGCUGGUGGUGAACGCGUGGGACUGCUGGUCGUUCAUAGGCAAUGGCAAUUUCCUCGACGAGUCGUUGGACGGCUACAUCGGGCGGUGCACCGCGCUCGCGGUGUUGGGUUGGCCCAAGACCAACCCAUACUUGACGCAGGAUGGCAACAUGGUGAAGGUGACGCCGCCGUAGAGAUUGGCCUGCGCCCUUCGUUCCCCCGUGUUUUCUUGCCCCCUACUCUCCCCCCCCCCCGGCCGGCGCGCGCGGGUCCCUCCCGCGGCGGGCGCACAGUCAUCGGCACACGGCGCCCCGCCGCGGCGCCUGCAGCACAGCGGGCUCGCCAGCUGGGAAAAGCGCCGUGCGGCGAGGCGGCGCUGAUCCAGGCGGC